UUUUUUCUCUCUUCCGAUGCUUAUUUCAAUGUUUCUUCUGACUGAAUCAGCCCUUGUCAAGAUCGGAUUCGACCAGUCGGCGACAAACCCUCGCACUUACUUGGCCAUGCAUUGUAGAAACUUCAGGCUUCUUCCCCGAUAAGGAGCCAUCGAUUAAUAUUCUUCCCAAGCAACCGACAAAAUGGUUUCGGGAGCGGUGCGGCGCACCGUGCUGCUCCCGCACCUCGGAGCUGCCGGUUCAGCACAACUACUCCUCUCCGCGCGUCCUCACUUAAUACCCCUCCAUGAGCCACUGCUACCAAGUGCAGCCAUUUGGACAUGGUCAAAGAUUCCGGUUCAGGCUGCUCGAAGUUUCGCUGCAGCUACAUCGACCUCUUUUACGUGCGCGAACAACACUGCCCCAGCGGCAUCGCGUCUCAGCACGCUACCGGCGAAGGCGCCCACGUCAUUUUUAGGCCUGGGGAACCGGUUCAGCUCGCCAUCGGGCGUCCUGCGACGAUUCUCGACGACUCAAACGCCAUGGAAGCAGUCUGUUAAGGAGACGAGCCUGCAAGAUGAUUCGCGGGAAGAUGGCAAGGCGCUGGAGAACGCGGAAGCUAAGAAGGAUGGAGAUGUGGCAUCACCCAACGCGAACCUCAACGAUGACGGGCUCGAGUCUCUAGGUUUCAAAAAGAGCGAGAAGGCGCUCAAGGCUUCCCAGAUCAACAUGAGCGCGCGACUAUCCAAGGAAAGCAAGGCACAGCCCUCCAGGGCCGGCAUGGGUGAGAUAUGGAGAUUGCUCAAGAUUGCGCGACCAGAGCUCAAAUGGCUCGCAGUUGCAUUUGUUUUCCUUCUCAUCUCAUCCAGCGUGACCAUGUCGAUUCCUUUCUCGGUCGGACGGAUCCUUGACCUGGCAACCAAGGGCGAUGUUGAAAGCACCCGCAUUUUCGGCCUCACCUUGACGCAGUUCUUCAUGGCCUUCGGUGCCUUCCUGACCCUGGGUGCUGUGGCCAACUUUGGCCGCAUCAUCCUGCUACGGAUCGUCGGCGAGCGUGUCGUUGCCCGCCUGCGGUCACAGCUUUACCGCCGCACGUAUACUCAGGAUGCCGAGUUCUUUGAUGCCAACCGUGUUGGCGAUCUCAUCUCGCGUCUCAGCUCGGACAGUGUCAUCGUCGGAAAAAGCAUCACGCAGAACGUGUCGGACGGCAUGCGCUCAAUAGUCAGCGGUUGUGCUGGUGGCGUUGCAAUGCUCUGGCUUAGCCCCAAGCUGACGUCGAUCCUGCUGCUCAUGUUCCCGCCAAUUGCUAUCGGGGCCUUCAUAUACGGUCGCAUGAUCCGCAACAUAAGUCGGCAGAUCCAGCGAAACUUGGGAACCCUGACCAAGAUCGCCGAGGAGCGUUUGGGAAACAUCAAGACAAGCCAGGCUUUUGCCGGUGAGGUUCAAGAGGUUCACAGAUACAACACCCAGAUCAGGAAAAUUUUCUCCCUUGGCAAGAGGGAGUCUUUUGUCGCUGCAACCUUCUAUGGAUCUACGGGUUGGGCGGGCAACAUGACCAUCCUUGCCUUGCUGGUUGUUGGAGGAGGUUUGGUUCGGUCGGGAUCUAUGUCUCUUGGUGACCUCACUUCUUUUAUGAUGUACACGGCCUUUGCGGGAUCCAGUCUCUUCGGAGUCUCCGGGUUUUACUCAGAACUCAUGAAGGGUGUCGGUGCCGCAAGCCGUCUAUUUGAACUUCAGGAUCGCACGCCUACUAUUCCUCAGACGGUUGGACUGAAGGUCAAGUCGGCACAGGGACCCAUCAAAUUCUCCAACGUGUGCUUUGCCUACCCAACCCGCCCAGCCGUUUCAAUCUUCAAUGGCUUGGACUUCGAAAUACCGUCCGGAAGUAAUGUCUGCGUGGUCGGGCCUUCAGGUGGUGGCAAGUCGACCGUUGCAGGUCUACUGCUACGAUUCUACAACCCUACGUCUGGUACCAUCACCAUCAACGGCGUUGACAUCUCCAAGAUGAACGUCAAGUCUCUCAGACGGCGCAUCGGCAUGGUGGCCCAGGAGCCAGUACUGUUCUCCGGCACCGUCGCGGAGAACAUUGCCUAUGGCCGGCCAGAAGCCUCCAGGGCCGAAAUCGUAGCCGCGGCUCAGAAGGCCAACUGCGGAUUUAUCAGCGAUUUCCCCGAAGGCCUCGAGACGCAAGUCGGUGCCCGCGGCGCGCAGUUAUCUGGUGGCCAGAAGCAGCGCAUCGCCAUCGCGCGCGCUCUGCUCAAGGACCCGGAUAUUCUAAUCCUUGACGAGGCAACAUCGGCGCUCGACGCCGAGUCGGAGACUUUGGUUAACUCUGCGCUCGCACAGCUGCUGAAGGGACGCAACACCACCAUAAGCAUCGCCCACCGUCUGUCGACCAUCAAGAGGAGCGACAAGAUCAUUGUCCUCUCCAGCGAGGGUAAGGUCGCCGAGAUUGGAAGCUACACGGAGCUGAGCGCCAACCCCGACAGUGCCUUUAGCAAGCUCAUGGAGUGGCAGAUGAGUGGCGGUGACAUUCCGACCCAGCAGAGGCCCCCGCCCAUCAUCACCGAGGCGGAGGCGAUCUCGGAGGAGCUUGAGGGCGACGAGGCGGCGGCGGCCGAGGAGGAGGAUGUUGAGGGCGAGCACAAGGAUGCGAAGAAGACAUCAGAGAAGCAGUAAUUUGUCAAAAUAGAGCCGCAUAUACCUUCUACUAAUGGGCAUCGGCCUGGGGGAGCGUUUGGCUUGUUUCGUUUGUUUCGGUCCGUGAUAGAGUUGCUCUCUAGUCACAGCUGACAUUGAUAAGGAUGGAUGCAUAUUUUCUUUCAUAUAUCUUUGUAUUAUAAUGGGUGCAACAUGUUUGAAAACCUACGUUUGGUGAUGGGAAUAUGAAAUUGGGGCGGCGAAGGCACUCCACUCGAUCACAUUUGGGGGUCACCAGUUAGAGAAACGGUCGUGUUGGCAAGGCCCACGGGCACCGGGCACAAAGGCUUGAUGACUUGGCCUACCUGGGUAGAGGGAGGUUGAGGAACUUCACACCUUGGCAUCCUGGCAUCGUUGUUUUGUAAGAGACAAAAACAGAGCAUGAUUCAAGCGAAGGAUACUGACAUAUAUUUUUGCUGCCAACGAAGUGAAACAAUGAGUAAAGCUACCUAGAAACCCCUCACCUACUUUCCGGGUUUGUGAUACUUUCCAGCUCCAUACCUAGGUAGCUACCUGUGCCCGAGGCGAACCAUUUCCCUUUGUGGGCUGCUUGGGAA